UCAUCGAAACUUCAUCAUCCUCUCCCCCUCCUUCCCUUAUCUUACAUGAGAUGCUUCUUAACCAGUUAAAAAGAAAAGGACAAAUGGCGGUUUCUCUCCCGAACUCAUUUCUCCAGAUCAACCAAUGUGCUCUUUCUCUCGUCAUCAAAAAGCCGGUUAAGGCGGCAUCGAUUGGCGCGAACCGAGGAAUUAAACCGGCGGGAAGCAACCCUUCGGUGGUUCGAGUGACGUGCAGGAAGAAGGAUUUGCACCCGGAGUUUCACGAGGACGCCAAGGUUUACUGCAACGGAGAGCUCGUGAUGACGACCGGAGGGACCAAGAAAGAGUACGUCGUUGAUGUUUGGUCCGGUAACCAUCCCUUUUACCUCGGGAACCGGUCGGCUUUGAUGGUCGACGCUGACCAAGUUGAGAAGUUCCGGAAGAGGUUCGCGGGGUUGUCGAAGAUUAUGGAGAUUCCGGUUCUGAAAGGAGAGAUCGUCUUGCCCACGAAGAAAAGCAAAGGUGCUGGCAAAGGGAAGAAGAAAUGAUGAGAGAGAGAGACUUUGUAAUGUUUGAAAUUGGAGUUUUCUGGUAAAAGUUUUUAAGUUUGUCUUUGCUUUGCUUGGGCUGUUUGAAUAGUUAUGUUAUGUUUCUUCUUGAAUGCAAAUGUUUAUGGAAAAGAAUUUGAAGCAUGGCAAUAUUGAUUCCUUAUUGUUACAA